AUCAUCUGAAUGAGAUUGUUCAAGAUGGCUGUGACCAUUGACCGACAUAAUGGAUUCAAGCCAUUUAGCCGAUCCCAGAGAUGCAAACUGCAAUCCUAUGGUCACCUUGAUCCCAACACUCUUGAACUUAGCCAAACUGGUACAUUCUCACACUCCUUUGAACUAGCGUUCCAAGCCGAUAAUAUUCACCGCAGUUUCUCCACUCCAUGCCUCCCCCUAAGCACCCUUUUAGGGGAAGAACUCACUUCUCACCACCCAAGGGUUGAGAUUGUUCGUGGAAGUGGAGCUCCAGUACAUGCUCUAGUUGUGGAGGUUGCCAUAGCUAUGGCCUCAGGUGUUCAACCUACACCCCUCCCUAGUGGCCUAGGUGGUGCCUAUGUUUUCCGGAACCCAAAUGGUAACAACAUUGCUGUAGCAAAGCCAAUAGAUGAAGAACCUUUGGCCUUGAACAACCCAAAAGGCUUAGGGGGUCAAAUGCUGGGCCAACCUGGCUUAAAGAAAUCUAUUAGGAUUGGUGAAACUGGUAUAAGAGAAUCAGCUGCUUAUCUUCUUGAUCAUGGAGGCCUUGCUGGUGUGCCUCCAACUGCUUUAGUCAAAUUCUCUCAUGCUGCAUUCUUUGUUACCAACAACAGUGAUGCAGCCACAGUUCCUUCUCACAAGCCUAAAAUUGCCUCACUCCAACGCUUUGUUGGGCAUGGUUUUGAUGCAGGAGAGUUAGGCCCUUCUUUCUUCUCAGUUUCUUCAGUCCACCAAAUUGGGAUCCUAGACAUUAGGAUUCUGAAUCUUGAUAGACAUGCAGGGAAUAUGCUUGUGGUGAAUCAUGACCAUAAGAAUAGUUUUGUUGAUGGAGUCACUGACCUUGUUCCCAUUGACCAUGGUUUUUGCCUACCUGAGUGGCUGGAUGAUCCAUAUUUUGAGUGGCUGCAUUGGCCACAAGCCUCCAUUCCUUUCUCUGACUCCGAACUCGAGUACAUUUCCAAACUUGAUCCCUUUAAAGAUGCAGAGAUUUUGAGAACUAAGCUUCCUUUAUUGAGGGAGUGCUCUAUUCGUGUUCUUUUUGUUUGCACCAUUUUGUUGAAACAAGCUGCUGCUGCUGGCCUUUGUCUUGCUGAAAUAGGCCAAAUGAUGACUAGGAAGUUUCGUGGUGGUGAAGAGUUACCAAGUGAAAUGGAAAAAGUUUGCUUGAAAGUCAAGGCUAGCAUCAUCUUCCCUCGUGAGAAUUGCAAAGAAACCGAACAAGGGUCUAAAUGUGAAGUUGGUGGCAUUUCCUUGGGAGACCUUAACCAAGGAGAAUGGGAAGCGUUUUUGGACAUUUUUAGUGAGCUUUUGCAUGGUGUUUUUGAGGAAAAGAAGGUGCAAAAGCAUAAGUUGGAACAUCAUGGAAGUUACCGAACCUUAGGAAGAUAGGUAACCAAAGCAAGAGAUGAAUCACUGCCGCUUGUUAUUGUACAUUAAAGUCAACAUAUAUUUUUAGUAUAGAUUGUAGAUACAAGUCCCAUAUAUAUAUAUAUAUAUGACAAGGAUGGAAUAGCGAUUGGUUAGGUGGUAAUGCCAUCCAUUCCAUUCCGCAACUUCAUUUUUUCUUCUUUACCCCUCUUUGUCAAAAUAGAGUUGUACCCCCUAUCUGAGUGGGUUUUCACCUGUGAUCAUGUAAUUAUUUUUUGUAUUUUUUUCUUACUUUGCUGAUUCAAAUUGUAAUGGGAAGCAUUGAUUUCAUUAAUUCUUCCCUAUAUAUCUAUAUAUAUAGAUACAUAUAUACUGGUUAAUGUUGCUUG